AUGCUCAUGUCUUUGCAAGAGGCGGAACAACAAGGAGGAAAUAUAAUAAUUCUAUAUCCUGUAGAAUACAUUCAUGAUAUCAACGUUGACAUCUUUCUGUCUACAAACUUUUUAAUUGAUUUAGAACAUUCCCACAAUCCCAAAUUGAAAAAGAAUGAAUGUAUCAGCAUCAAUAUUGUUUUAGGAGAGCCACGUCAAAAUAUGGAUGGAACAAUUCAGGAAAAUAUUGGAUUUUAUAAUUUAUACGCUAAUCAAGAUGUAGAGGCUUUUAAAGAGAAAAUUGAUAUUUUGAUUGGAGAACAUUUGAUUGAAUUAUUUUUUGGAAAUAUGGAAUAUCUCCCUGAAAAUUCUAUAGAUUUGCCAAAUCGUUUCAACUUUGUCACAAAAGUAAUUUAA